UAUAGGGUCCUUUUGUGUGUUUGGUAUCGUUAUUGCCACUAAGGUGGCAAUGCGCUAUGUCUAGUUCGCGAUGGGCUGGUAUGUCCUCCGGGCGCGUUCCACUAUCCGGUGCGCCUCCUCGUCGUCGUCGUGAGCUUACUGACCAGCAGAUUGCUGAGAUUCGUGAGGCUUUUAACAUAUUCGACACCAAUGGCAGGGAUUGCAUUGAGGCUCGUGAGUUCAAGAUGGUAUUGAAAGCUCUUGGUUUUGAUCCCAGUACUGACGAGAUGUAUUCGAUAAUGGCAACUGUUGACAAGAAUGACACUGGUGUUGUUACAUAUGAGGAAUACUUUAAGGUGGUGAAGUCUAAGAUGCUUGAACGUGACCCUAUGGAAGACAUUUUGAAAUCUUUUAAGUUGUUUGCUGACCCAAACACUAAUACAAUCGGUCUUAAGGAUUUGCGUAAUAUUGCUGAUGAGUUGGGUGAAGUGGUUACUGAUGAGGAGCUUGCAGAGAUGAUUCGGGAGGCCGAUCGUGACAAGGACGGUGUGGUAAAUCAAUCUGAGUUUGUCAAGAUUAUGCGUAAAUCCAACUUAUUUUGACACUUAUCAAUUAGUUGUAC